AUGGUUCAGAAACAAGUGUAGGCUAGUCAAGAUCAGCACACCUAGUUAUAGCAUUUAGUUAAUAAGCAAAUGAGAAAUUAGUAAAUGAAUCAUCAAAUAGAGAACCAAUUCAGUACUAGUCAUUAUAAAUAACAACUAUUUCAAAAUAUUGAACUUCAAUUUGCUGCAAGUUAGUUAGAUGGAUAUACCAAUGAUGAGAACUACAGCCUUCAUUCUAAUUAAGAUGGAGUUUCACUAAAUGAUAUUGAUUUCUCAAGUAAAAACUGGAGGAAUCAAUAAUGUGGCAUUUAUAACUAUAGCAACCUAUAUAAAUAUCGUCUAGCAAGAUAAGUUAGAUAUUUCUCAAGCCUACCGACUAAUCAAGAUAAUGAGAAUAAUGUGCCAUUGGGCUAGAAUAUCAAAGUUACUCAGAAUUUCGAAGAAUCUAUAUAUGAAGGAGCCAAACUAAUUGAUCCCAAAUGCCCUUACGAAUAUGUACCUUAGCCUCGAGUGGCCGAUAAAUCUUUGCCUUUUCUCAAAAGAUUCCCAUAAUCUAUAAAAUGCACGUUAUUAGAUUUCUAAGAUUUUGUCUGUGAUAUCAUUUUCAGAAGGACUGAUUAGGCAAUUUAUAAAAAUACAGAGUUCAUCAAAAGAAAUUGGCAUACAUUCAGCCAUACAAUGGCACAUAUUUGGGAAGAAUUAGUAAAAGUUAAGGAUGGUUUCAAGUUACUGAAGGACGAUUUCAAAUUUUUCGUCAGAUUGCAAAAGAGAAAAAUAGACUACAAGUAUGACAAGCCCUCAUACAAAAGUGAUAUCAAGCUAAAGCAAGUAAAGUCAGAUUUCAUUAAGUUUAUACCUUUCUCUCUUUUCAUUAUUAUUCCUGGUGCUGAGCUGUUACUACCUGCAUGGUUGGUCGUUUUUCCUAAUUCCAUUCCAUCACAGUUCUUAUCUGAGGAUGCUAGAACUUAGUAAUUCAAAAAAAUGAUUGAACGUAGGCACAUUGCUGCUGAAAAGCUACUUUACAUUCUUCCAAGAUAUUUAUAUGCACUGGAAAAAGAUCCAAGUGUAGAUCCUAAUGAUAAAGAGCAAGUUAAGCAGCUAAAGCAUAUUUUGAGAUCAGAAAAUGUUCUCCCCACUGAUUUGCUUCAGUUCAGAUAGCUCUUUUAAAAAUACGCCUAAUUCAGUUACUUCGGUCCACAAACUCUUCUGCAUAUAGCUCAUUUUAUGAGUUUGAACCCAGUUACUGGAAUCAAUACUAUUAAUAACUUAAUCAAGCCUUUCAAGGUUAAGAUCCCUAUCGAUGCGCCAAUAGUUAAAUACCUUACAAGGAUGGUUAUCACAAGAGAGCUAAAUUUGUAUUUUAAGAAACUCAGAGAUGAAGAUGUGCUGAUGAGUUUUGAGUAACUUGAUUCUCUAACCGAGGAAGAACUAAACUUCAUUUGCUAUAAGAGAGGUAUUGAAAUUCAGGAUAAACCUUUUCAAUCUAAAAUGAAAGAUCUUAAACUCUGGAUAUCUAUCUCAAACCUUAGAAAUGUGCCCCACUCAUUACUUUUGUACUCUAGAAUCGCCGAUUAUGCUGAUGAUCUUUUCUAAAUCAGUGAAGAUGAGGAUGAAUAUGAGGUUCUGAGAAGAGCUUAAAGUGAAAUAUACUUUGUUGAAAAAAUGAGGGUAUUCGAGAGAACAUUCGGUAUAGACUAACUACAUGCUAUGGUAAAAAAGCUAGAACACCAAAGAAAGACUACUACUCACAACCCAGUAGAGGGGAAGUUUUACUUCUCAAAAAAUGAUCUUGUUCUUUAUACCAUGAUUCUAGACGAGUUCUAAACUAGACAUAAGAAUCUCUCAGAUAAAAUCAAUGAAACCUAUAGAGUUGGUUACUUGAUGCUUGACUAUCUUGAAAAAUAAAUUAUCAUCGAUUACCACAUGAGAGGAGAGCAGGCUGAGCUUGAGAAAGAUCAUCCUGAGGUAGCUGAGAAAGCCAAAAAGUAUCUUGGAUUUGAAAUGUAUUACGAGCUUUCAGGCAAGAACAAGCCUUUAUCUUCUGAAUCAGAAGAGUUUAAAUUCUUGAUGCAAAAAUCUGAGGAACUAAACAAAAAGUUCCACAAUGAUAUGGAAAACUAUAAAAAGUCGACAAAGGAUUCAGCAAUGAAAUGA